GCUCGGUUAGCCCGGCACCCGCUCUACAGGAACGAGCCGGUCGGACAGGACCCAGCCCCGCGCCUCGCCAUGCCCGCAGGAUGCGGAGCCCCGCCGCGUGGGGCCGGACUGGGAGACGGGACCUGCCACCUGCUCGGCUGAGGGCGCGGCCGCCUCUGCGUGCGGCGCCUUAGAACACCUCGGUGGCCGCGGCGGGGGGCUGAGGACGUAGGCAGGCUAACUAUAGCCUCUCCCCGGAGCCAGCCGGGCUGCAGCCUGCUCGGAAGCCGGGCUGCGUAAUCCCAGCGCUGCCCACCGUGCAGAGGGCGCGCUCGCUGGGCAUCGCCACAGGUGACUUGAAUUUUUCCGCUGCAGCUGCCUUGCCAAGACACGCCACUGCCACUGAUCGUUGUUUGUACCUUGGCUGGGGGUGGGUGGGGACAGCCGUGAUAAUACUAGUAAAGGGACCUAGCCGUGCCUGCGAGAUCCGAGGACAUGGCUCGGCGCCUGCUUCUCUCUCUCCUGCUCUUUGCCCAACUGGGGGUCGGGGCAGGAUCCAGCCAAGGGCGGACGGUGCACCACAAAGAGAAAGCAAUCACGGGGAAACAGCCUAUUUACAACAACAUCAAGAGCCCGGAUCCUCCCCCGGCUCCCUGGAGCAGAUCUACCGAGAGCACCAUCUUGGCGCAGAGGCUCACCGAAGAGGUGCCCCAAAACGUGGUCUCCUUCCUCUACACGGGGGACUCACGGGAACUGGGGCGCGCCAACUGCUCCCGGAGGUACGAACUGGCCAGCCUGGCUGGGAAGUCUCGCCUCACCGCUCACCCUUCUUUGCACGGUGCCCUGGACACGCUCCUCCACGCUACCAACUUCUUGAGCAUGAUCCUCCAGAGCAAUAAAUCCCGGGAGCAGAACUUGCAGGAGGACAUGGGGUGGUACCAAGCCUUGAUCAGGAGUCUCCUGGAAGGAAACCCCAACAUAUCUAGAGCAGCUAUUACUUUCAAUGUAGAGCCCUUGUCCUCUGCUCCCCAGGUUUUCCUCCAGGCCAGCCGGCAGGAGACCCAGAUCCUCUUGCAGGAUUUGUCCUCCACAGCUCACCAUUUAGCCAAUGCCUCGAUCGAAACGGAGUGGUUCCACAGCUUGAAGCGCAAGUGGAGGCCACAUCUGCACAGGAAGGUUUUAACCCCGGGCCCUAAAACUUUGGAGAGCAGCUGGAAGAAGAAGUACAGCCACACAGCAGAUAAGAACCACAUCAAAUGGUCCUCGCCCUACCUGGAGUGUGAGAACGGGAAUUACAAACCUGGAUGGCUAGUGACUCUGUCAGCAGCUUUUUAUGGGCUGCAGCCAAACCUUCUCCCCGAAUUCAGAGGUGUUGUCAAAGUUGACAUAAAUCUGCAGAAGGUGGACAUUGACCAAUGUUCAAGUGAGGGAUGGUUUUCAGGAACUCACAAAUGCCAUCUCAACAAUUCUGAGUGCAUGCCAAUUAAAGGCCUUGGAUUUGUUCUUGGAGCCUACAAAUGCAUUUGCAAGGCUGGAUUCUAUCAUCCCAACAUCUUUUCAGUGAACAGCUUUCAGAGAAAAGAUACAGAUAAUCACUUCUCUGGAGGCGAGAUGUCUGAGGAAGUCUACACCUGCCUACCCUGCAGGGAAGGAUGUUCUUACUGUACAGAUGAUACUCCCUGCUAUGCACAGGAGGACAAGUAUUUACGACUUGCUAUCAUCUCAUUCCAAACACUCUGUAUGCUGUUGGACUUUAUAAGCAUGCUGGUAGUCUACCAUUUUCGCAAGGCAAAGAGCAUCAGGGCUUCAGGCCUGGUUCUUUUGGAAACAAUCCUUUUUGGAUCACUCCUCCUGUACUUCCCGGUUAUCAUUUUGUAUUUUGAGCCAAGCAUAUUUCGCUGUGUUCUCCUAAGAUGGGUUCGUCUUCUGGGCUUUACUACUGUUUACGGAACUGUGACACUCAAGCUCCACAGAGUUUUGAAGGUAUUCCUGUCCCAAACUGCUCAACGUAUUCCAUACAUGACAGGUGGCCGAGUGAUGAGGAUGCUGGCAGUAAUUCUUCUGAUAGUCUUUUGGUUCCUGAUCGGCUGGACUUCUGCAGUCUGCCAAAACUUGGAGAGAAAUAUUUCACUCAUUGGCCAGGGGCAAACAUCAGAUCACCUGAUCUUCAAUAUGUGCCUCCUAGACCGCUGGGAUUACAUGAUGGCUAUUGCUGAAUUUUUAUUCCUCUUGUGGGGUGUUUAUCUCUGCUAUGCAGUGCGGACAGUCCCAUCAGCAUUUCAUGAGCCACGUUAUUUGACUGUUGCAGUUCACAAUGAGCUCAUUAUCUCUGCUAUAUUCCAUACAAUUAGAUUUAGUCUUGCCUCAAGACUUCAGUCCGAUUGGAUGCUGAUGUUGUUCUUUGCACACACGCACUUGACUCUGACAGUUACCAUUGGGUUACUUCUGAUACCUAAGUUUUCACACUCAAGCAAUAACCCAAGAGAUGACAUAGCUGCUGAAGCAUAUGAAGAUGAACUCGACAUGGGUCGAUCUGGGUCCUAUCUAAACAGCAGUAUCAAUUCAGCUUGGAGUGAGCAUAGUUUGGACCCUGAGGACAUCAGGGAUGAGUUGAAGAAACUAUAUGCCCAGCUUGAAAUCUACAAAAGGAAAAAGAUGAUUGCUAAUAACCCACAUCUCCAGAAAAAGAGGUGCUCCAAGAAGGGCUUGGGUCGUUCAAUAAUGAGACGAAUUACUGAAAUCCCUGAGACAGUCACCAGGCAGUGCUCCAGGGAGGACAAGGACCUUAUGGACCACAGUGCUACAAAGAACACUGCAGUUGUGAGAAAAAACCCACAGGAUUCCACAAGUUAUGUAAAGCCAAAGGAGGAGUCUUUGAAAAAUAGAGUCUUUUCAUUAAAAAAGUCCCAUAGCACUUAUGAUCAUGUUAGAGAUCAAACAGAAGAGUCUAAUAGCUUAACCACAGAAAGUGCAGAAGUUAUAACUGCUGAUCAUUCACUGCUGGAUUCCUUGACAGGGAAAAAAUUAACAAAAAAAUCUACAGAAAAAGUUGAAGCUGUGUCCACUGAAUCUGUCCCUUUAGUGUGCAAAUCACUAAGUGCACACAACUUAAGUGCGGAUAAGAAGCCUCUGCAUCCAAGAACAUCUGUGUUACAAAAAUCUCUCAGUGUUAUUGCUAGUGCCAAGGAAAAGACUCUGGGGUUAACUGGGAAAACGCAAAGUCUAGAAGAAAGCAAUAGAUCCCAUAAACCUCAGCAAAAGGGUAAAGAGGCCAGCAAAAAACACUCAGCCAGCGAUAAAGGGGAGCAUAAAGAUUCACAUCGGAAAAACUCUACUCACACUGAGGAGACAAGGAAACCACAUAAAUCUGGAAUUAUGAAACAACAAAGGGUUAGUCAGACAAUUGCAAAUCCUGACGCAGGCACAGGCAAGUCCCUGCUUAAGGACAAUUUUGACAUAGCAGAAAUUUGUCCUUGGGAGAUUUAUGACCAAACUCCUGAUUCUGUGCCUUCUGAAUCGAAAGUUCAAAAACAUGUGUCUAUUGCUUCCUCAGAAACAGAGAAAAAUCACACUUCCCAGCCAAAGGGGAAAUCUCAUCACAAGCUUAAGACAGCUGAAGGGUAUCAGCAAUCAAAUCAAAAGAGCACAGAGAAGUCGGAAGCAUGCACUCGGGAGGCCCAAGAGCAGCAGGUUUUUGAAAAUGAGAAAAAACAUUUAAAUUCCAAGUCUCAGAUCAUCCCCGGGUUUAAGGGUGAAAAUGUUAAUAAAUAUUAUGCAGCAAAUAUUUGUGCUGGGGAAUCUGAGGAACUGCCAAAAAAAGCUGCAGUGCAAACAGCUGAAAGGGAAAAGCUCAAUAAUUUGGGAGAAAAGAAAAAAAACACAUCCUUGGAGGGAAACAUGCUUUCAUCUGACUCCUAUAGAUCAAGUAGUAACUUACAGCAAGCUUUAACAUCUCGAGCUGAAGUCUGUCCAUGGGAGUUUGAAACACCAGAUUUACCAAAUGCAGAAAGAGGUGUAGCUUUAUCGAACACAGCCGCUUUAGGUGCAAAUAAAACAGCAACGCCUCAGAAAUAAGAGGUUUUGGACUGAAAAGAGUAGCAGCACCAAGAAGAAAGACUACAAGAAGGAGGAAAGUGAGAGGGGGAGUAGGCCAAGAGGAUCUGAAAAUUUCUAAGGAGUAUCACUUAACUGAGGGGACCAGAACAUGAAAAAAGUAGGAAAUAAGCAAAAUAAAUUAUUAUUAUUAUUGUUGUUGUUAUUUAUUUGUUGAGUGCCAACAGUGUGAUCAGUGGUAUCCAAACCAUGGAGAGGACAUGGUCCCUGUGCUGAGGAGUUUACAGUCUAAAUGAACAGACACCUGCCUUUGCAAAACCAUUUCUCUCUUACAAAAAGAAAAAAAAAUGUGAAUGGCUCUAACAAUCAAACAAAUUCCAACUGAAUUAUUCCUGAAUGCCCCAAACUGGGCGAAACUUGCCCUUGGCACUUUAAAGAUCCAAUAGAAGUAUGGCAUGGAAAAUGCCUUGAUGGCAAAAUUUGGUAUCAAUGAGCAACUUACUGAAAAGAUGACUUUUCAUAUUUAACCUUGAUAGCACUGCUAACUUAAUGCAUCCCAAAAAUACAUGUUAUAUAAUGAUUGCUCUCAUUUUCUUAUACAUGUAUGUUUAAGUACAUUGUUGUGUCUCAUAUUAAAGCAUUCCAGAUUGUAUACAUUUUGCAAAUAACUUUGAUAUUAUGUGACACAACAACACAUUUAUGCAAUCUGCAGAUACUCUAUUGUUAUUGCAAUUUACAAUACCUGCUAUAGACUUUUGUUUAUUUAUGAAUUACAGUAAGCUUUCACUGGCUAUGAAAGCCAUAACUUGUAUGGGAAAAUACGUUGGGUUUUGUUGUGAUUUAUAUUGUGAAUUUUCUGUUCUACUGUCUAUUAUUUAAAAUUAUCGUUUGAUACUGUAUUAUUCAGGGUUUUUAUACAAGGUAAGUUAUUUGUUUGGCACUUCUCUGUUAGCACUCAUAGACUUUAUUAGUGGAGAGCAAGUCGUCUAUUUAGCUGUGUAUUUGGAUAAGUCCAAGGACAACUUAUCUGUUGUUUGUUACAAGUUUGACAAAUAUCAUUUAUCACUCCAGAAUUCCUGCUUUAAUCAUCCAUCAUCAGUAUAUUUCUCUGUAUUUCAUACGGAGCAUAUUCUGCUGAAGAAAAAGAACAAAGAUAACAAAAAAUAACCUUAGUUUAU